GAUUGCUGUAAAACACAAGAGCGAGAAAAUAACCAAUCGCAUCACUCGCAUCCUCUAGUGUCAGAUAUAGCUGUCCGUGUCCAUCCAUUCUGUUGCUGUCUUUUCAACUUGAACAGCGGCGUUUACUCCUCAUUUUCGGAGCUUAAUCAACGCAAAAUAAUAUAUCACUAUGGCCGCCUACAAGCUGGUGUUGAUCCGCCACGGAGAGAGCAACUGGAACCAGGAGAAUCGAUUCUGCGGCUGGUUUGACGCAGAUCUGAGUGAGACUGGAGAACGGGAGGCGAGGAGAGGAGGACAGGCCCUGAAAGAUGCUGGCUAUGAGUUUGAUGUGUGCUACACCUCAGUCCUGAAGAGGGCCAUCCGCACUCUGUGGCUGUGUCUGGACAGCAUUGACCAGAUGUGGCUUCCCGUCCACCGAACCUGGCGCCUCAACGAGCGCCACUAUGGUGGCCUGACUGGGUUAAACAAGUCGGAGACUGCUGCCAAGCACGGAGAGUCUCAGGUGAAGAUAUGGAGGCGGAGCUUCGAUAUCCCUCCUCCCACUAUGGACCCGGACCACGACUUCUACACCGUCAUCAGCAAGGACCGUCGUUAUGGCGACCUGUCGGAGGAGCAGCUUCCGUCCUGUGAGAGCCUGAAGGACACCAUCGCCCGGGCACUGCCCUACUGGAACGACGAGAUUGUCCCCCAGAUCAAACGGGGCAAGAGGGUUCUCAUUGCUGCCCACGGCAACAGCCUCAGGGGCAUUGUCAAGCACCUCGAGGGUAUGUCAGAGGAAGCCAUCAUGGAGCUGAACCUGCCCACAGGCAUCCCUAUCCUGUACGAGCUGGACAAGAACCUGAAGCCUGUCAAACCCAUGCAGUUCCUGGGGGACGAGGAGACCGUCAGGAAGGCUAUGGAGGCCGUGGCAGCCCAGGGCAAAGCCAAGAAGUAGAGGGAGAGAGAGGGGGCACUUUGUGUAUCGUGGAGUAGGAAGUUGCGCUUAUUCACAGAUCUAGGAUCAGAUUUUAUAUUAGCCUCCCACCAAUUCCCAACCUUUAAUUAGGGAGGAAGCAUGUAUAACUGACCCUAGAUCAGUCUCUAUGGGAAGCUUCAUUCUACUCCAUGUGGCACAGAGUAGGGGAAAAGGGAUAUGGGUUGGAGGAGAGGGUCAAUAAUACUACAGCUCUCAAAGGAGCUGUCACACACACUGUACAUGAAGUCCAAGAAACAGAGGAACUUAGAAUGUGUGUUCGUAUUCAACUCUACUGUGCAUAGAAAGUCUAAAAUGUGUAAGUCACUCUGGAUAAGAGCUUCUGCUAAAUGACGGAAAUGUAAAACAUUUGAAUUAUAAAGCAACUAAUAAGUUAGUAUAGGUGGAUAUUUAUUGACCAAGCCACUUAUAUGGGGACCACUGACUACACACUCAAAUCACACAGUCAUCAUUCAACUGGCUUAUUAUUGUGUCUGUAAGACAAAAAAAGUGUUUCCCCUGUUUGACGAUGGAUCACUGAGAUUGCUAAUGUGGUGAUAAAACCUCAAUUUAUUUGAAAAUAGUUAGUCUUGCGUUACUAUACUUCCAAGUCUUUGCUAGAAAGUAGUAUAUAUUUAGAUGUUAUAGAAGAAUAAUAUUUGCACUUAAAAAACGUAAACAGUAAUGUGAUUCCUACCGGUGGGGGAAAAAAAUAGGCCAGCUAGUUGUUUGACUGAUCUCAUAGCAAAUUAAAGAACACCACAAAAAGGGAGAAAGAAUGGAUAUUUCCACAACACACACAGAUGUACUAGUUCUACUUUUUAUUUUCCACUGCUCUGUCUGUGGUUGUACAAUUCACUGUAAAACCACCUCAGAAGUUGGAAGACAGUGUCCAUCUCCUUUAAGAUCUGUGGCAGAGACGGAAUACCUCUUUCUCCCCUGCCCCCUUUCCUAGCCUUGGAUGGUGCUCCUGUGUGUCAUGUACAUGUCUAGUACUGCUGUUUGUGACAUGUCUUUCCAUCCCAUUUCCUCUUGAGUAGUGUCUCAUGGAUACUGUUUUGUCAAUGGGAUCAAACAUUUGGUACCUGCAAUGUCGAUCUGUUUCUGCUUUAGCCUACAUCAGUGGCAUUCAGGGCUAAACAUUCAUAGAUGCAGAUAGAAAUAGAUUGCACAUAACAGACCAACUCGCUUCUUCCAAGGCCAAGCGAGCUGAUUAGAUUAUAUACAUUUUCAUUUUUAUCUGCAACUUUAUGAGAAUUCACAACCUAUGAAUAGGCCCAUACUCUUAGUUUCCCUUAGCUACCCUGUCUGCUGCUAGAAUCACUAUUCUACUCUGAAAGUAUUUAUACUGUGUUAACUUUACUUUGGUGGGAUAACUUGAUGAUGUUUGCCUUUUCUGUUCGUAACACCUCUAAAUGGGGAAACUGCAAUGCAGGUACCCAUUCCUAUAGGAUAGGGAUGUAACUCAGUUGGUAGAGCAUGGCGUUUGCAACGCCAGGGUUGUGGGUUCGAUUCCCACGGGGGGCCAGUAUGAAAAAUAAAUAAAAAAUAAUGUAUGUGCUAACUAAGUAAGUCACUCUGGAUAAGAGCGUCUGCUAAAUGACAAAAAAUAUAUAUAUAAUAAUAUGCCUGCUCUAUCCUUCCCCAGCUGUUCCUUUGACAUUGUUGCCAAUCUUCUGACUGAAAGGAAAAUCCUUUGGAAUAAAGGUUAUUUAUUAGGGUUCAACUUCAUUGCGAUGCACUGUUUCUGAAGCCUGUGCUGAGCCAAUAAAUGUGUGGAAAAAUAAAAACAUGGAUUUUGUCA